AGGUUGUGCUUAAAGAUUAGGUACCAUUUUUUUAACCUAGCAACCUGCAAAAGAAGGAUAAGAACAAAAUUCUCCAACUCAUGAUUCCAGAUUUCCACACAAGUAGCUAUAUUUUCUAUAGCUAAUUACUUUUUAAUUCUUAAAAUCUUAUCUCAGCAAUUUUUUGAAGUACGUUCUUGUUGACCUUGCAACUUUUCUCCAGAGAACUAAAAAGUGCAUCAGGAGCAGAAUAACUUAACAAUCUUUGUACUUUCAUCAGACAUGAAUUCUGUUGGCCUGGAAUCAACAGCAGUAUGCCAUGUGGUGGCGAUGCCUUUUCCCGGCAGAGGCCACAUCAACCCCAUGAUGAAUUUCUGCAAGUUAUUAGCUUCAAGAAAACAUGAUAUUUUGAUUACUUUUGUUGUCACAGAAGAGUGGCUUGGCUACAUCAGCUCUGAGCCAAGGCCAGAAUCUGUACGCUUGGUCACGAUACCUAAUGUCAUCCCACCAGAGCGUCUAAAAGCAGUAGAUUUUCCUGGAUUUUAUGAAGCUGUUAUGACCAAGAUGGAAGCUCCCUUUGAGCAGCUGCUUGAUCAGUUUGAGAUUCCUGUGACUGCUAUAAUUGGGGAUAUUGAGGUACGGUGGGCUAUCAGCUUGGGAAACAGAAGGAAUAUUCCAGUGGCUGCUUUUUGGACGAUGUCGGCAACAUUUCUUUCAAUGUUGUAUCAUUUUGAUCUCUUCAAACAGAACCAAAAAUCACCAACUAAUUUGUUAGGACAAGUGGAUUACAUCCCUGGAAUUUCUUCAUCACAUUUAGCAGAACUCCAAAAGGUCUUCCAAAAGAAUGAUAAAAGAGUAUUGCAGCUAGCCCUGGAAUGCAUUUCAGAAGUGCCGCAAGCACAAUAUCUUCUGUUCACUUCUAUCUAUGAGCUUGAGCCCCAAGUCAUGGACACUAUGAAAGAUACUUUUCAAUUUCCUGUCUAUCCUAUUGGACCUGCCAUACCUUACUUAGAGCUUGAAUGUAAUUUGUCAGGAACUAAUUAUAGUCAUAUGGCCCCAGACUACUUACAAUGGCUAGAUUCUCAACCUAAAGACUCUGUCUUGUACAUCUCUUUGGGAAGUUUCCUUUCUGUUUCAAGCACCCAAAUGGAUGAAAUUAUUGCUGGGCUUCAAGAUAGUGGUGUUCGAUAUUUGUGGGUGGCACGCGGAGAAGCUUCUCGGUUAAAGGACAUAUGUAGUGAUGAUAUGGGGCUAGUGUUGCCUUGGUGUGACCAGUUGAAAGUGCUGUGCCAUUCUUCCAUAGGGGGCUUUUGGACACAUUGUGGAUGGAACUCUACUCUAGAAGCAGUUUUUGCUGGUGUUCCAAUGCUUACUUUCCCUCUGUUUUUGGAUCAAGAACCAAAUAGUAAGCAAAUUUUAGAAGGUUGGAGGAUUGGUUGGAAGGUUAAGCGAGGUGUGAAGGAAGAAAAUUUGUUAACCAGAGAGGAAAUUGCAGAACUUGUGCAGAAGUUUAUGGAUUUGGAAAGCAAUGAAGGGAAAGAAAUGAGGAGAAGAGCAAGAGAACUUGGAAAUAUUUGUCAACAAGGUAUUGCUGAAGGCGGAUCAUCUACGACCAACCUUGAUGCAUUUAUUAGGGAUAUUUCACUGGGCAUCAGGCACUGAACAGUUUUUGAAUGCUGUAAUCAUUUUCCAGUGAUCGAGUUUAUUCACUACUAGAAAAAAUUGCUUGUCAUGUUGUCAGAGUUCAAUGGAAUUAUGUUCUCUGAAACAUGAUCAAGGUAAGGAAUCAAGUGCUAACUACUUGUUUGUAGCAUUCAAUUAACUGAUAAGUUCAGAUGAGGAAAAGAAGAAGAAGAAGCUGUGUCUUCUACUUUGGUGAAAAGUAAAAAUAAAAACUAUUAGUAUUCUUCCAUGAA